UAACUUUCACUUUCACAUUUAGAUUUUUGAGUUUGACAAGAUUUACCAUAAAAUGUGGUUAUUAAAGUCUUUGUCAGAGAAAGAUAAAACAAUACCUUUGUUUACUAAUGCUGUGUAUGUAGUCGGACGAAAAGACUGUGAGAUUCUACUACCAGUGGACCCAGCUGUCAGUAGAAAACAUGCUCAAAUUAAAGUCUCACAUGCAGAAACUAGCAUAUCAAAGCCAGAUCAUUUACCAAUAAUUUUACUAACGGAUCUUUCCAAGUUUGGUACAUGGCUCAAUAAUGACAAGCUGAAUAAAAAUGAAGAGAAAACGCUAAGUGAUGGAGAUCAAAUUACCUUUGGUUCUCCGAAAUCUUCAUUCAGAGUUGUGUAUGAACCUUUCAUCAUUUCAACAUCAUGUUUGGAUAACCCAUCAAAGAAGCUUGUCCGAACACAUGUGACUGCGUUAGGGGGUCACAUGGUAAAUGAGUGGCGGCCAGACUGUAGUCUCCUAGUGAUGAAUAACCUCAGUGUCACAAUCAAGGUCAUUGCAGCAUUAGUUUCACAAAAACAUAUAGUUACUCCAGCUUAUAUAGAAAAAAUGGUCGAGUGUACCAAGGAGGGAAAACUACAGCCUGACCCAGAUUUGUUCCUUCCAAGUAUCUCAGAAACUCAAAUAAACCCAGAUCAAGUCUCCUUCAAACCAGACAUAAAGAGAGCAACAAUAUUCCAAGGAAUGAAGUUUAUCUUUCUCAAUACAAAACAGUUUAAGAAAAUGAGCCUGACGGUGGAGAUGGGAGGAGGGCUUCCAAUUCUGAUGGACGACCCGUCUAGUGGCGAUAUGGAGAUGAUGGUAGAGCCAGGCUCUGUGGUGAUGCAGAGUGAUCCCUCGGACGCUUCACAGAGAUUCUCACAGACAAAUGUAGACUGGAUUACCAAAGUCAUCAAGUACCUCAAGAAACAUAAGAAGCACCUUAUUCAGGAUGCUGAGUUGGGAUUUGCUGUUCUUCACUGUUCAACAGAACAACAUUGUAACCCAGAUGUGCCAUUCAUGAGUCAGGUGCCCCAGCCAAAUGUCCCCUCCCAGUCCCUCACUCAGACAGACGUACUGGCCCACAACACAGAACCAGGGAGCAGAUCUCCCGUAAUCGAGAGAAAAAAUGAUCCUGUUCAAAUUAAUGAGACAAGAAUAGAAACAGAUCAGGACAAAUCACACACAGCUCCAUCCAAGAGAGAAUCACAAAAGACGGAUUACAAACUUCACAGGAGAAUUUCUGGAAGUGAAACCAUCAGGGAGACAACCCAGCUGGGGACAAUGGAACAAACUCCAUCAAGAAAUGAUGCAAUAUCUGAAUCAGUGGAUGGGCAGUGUUUGGGAAAGCAGAUCAAGAAAGAAAAAGUUACGCCGGAAAAGCCUGAUGUUAUAAGACGAAGUCCAAGAAGAUCACCUAGUCCAUCCACUUCAAGACAUUCACAGGAAAAAAAGUUAACAGGCAAAUCAAACAGGUCACCUAGUCCAGGUCCAUCCAGUAAGACACCAUUGUCCAGAAAAUCUUCUGGGAAGGGGAAAGAAGCUUCGAUAUUUAAUGAUGUCAAGGUGGAAUCAAAUGUAGAUUCAGAGGAGUUAAGCGCAGUGUAUGAGACAGAGAAAAAUAAGGCACCUUUGACUGUAGACUUUGGAGAGAAUGAAUGGUCCUCAAAACAGAGAAAGACAAACAAGACAGACUCAAGAUUAUCACUGAGGAAACAGAGUCCUGAAAAGCCGAGCUCUGCUCUGGUUACAUUGAGUGGGAGAACCAGGGAUAAAAGGAGGAUCAUUGUAGAAGAUUCAGAUGAGGAAUUUCUACCCAGUUCAAAGAGGGCAAGAAAUAAACCUCAGUCAGAAGAAGAGGUGGACUUAUUUGAGGUGAAUUUAAGUCGGGCAAGAGGCUCUCAUUCUAAAUCUUCUGAUGCAGAUGAUCAUGAAGACUUGUUUGAUGUGGUGGUCUCCAAGUCAAGCAAAAAAUCAAAAGAAAAGUCUAACCAGCCAAGGACUAGCAGCAGAAACUUGUCUGAGGAAGCAGGUUCUGAUGAGGACCUGUUUAAUGUUAUGGAGGGGUCCCCUGAAAAGUCCUCAAGGAAAAGCCCAGAGAAGACAUCAACAUCAAGGAAAUCUCCAGAGAAGACAUCGACAUCAAGGAAAUCUCCAGAGAAGACAUCAUCCAAUGGAGAGAGGAAUACAGCAACAAUGUCCAAUAGAGCAGGAGAGAGAAAUGGCAUCAGAGUCAAGGAAGAAUUACCAGAAGUGAAUGGACACAGAGAGGAGAUGACUUGUACAAGAAGUCCAGCUGCUGCUCCAGACGGUUUUCUAAAUGCCAGGGCACAGACAGGGAUGGCAGACAUAAAGUCAGAAUACAUAAAGGAAGAGGACCUGCCGUCUAGGUUAAUUGUGACAAAGUUUGUAGAUCUGGUCGCUCGCCCUCCACGAUCGGCGCCGACAGAUCCAGGGGAGACUACUCCUGAUGGGUAUAUCAGAUGGAAAGGCAAACUGGUUAGGAACUUCAAGAAAUUCAAAAAGAACCAGAAUUGUGGAUCGAAUGGACUCCCUCGUAUUAUAGGAGGCAGUGACCUACAGCCUUAUGUCCCCGCCCAGAGUAAGGAGGUUGAGCAGUGGUUCAGGGAAGCCAGAGAGGCAGAAAGCCAGGAGACAGAGGCGGAGAGAAGAGCUCAGGAGUUGUUUGACUUUGAACCAAAAACAGGGAACAAAAGAAGAGGCCAAAAGAUAACCUUUACCAUGGGAUUUUGGAGGUCUGCUAGAAAACUAGACAAGACUGUUCUGGGCCAAAGGUUGAUGUGUUUGAACGUUAACUUCCAGAGAUCAAAACAUGUUGUAUCUUCACAGGAGUGUCUGACAUAUUCCAGACUCUCUGUUAUUCUUCAAAGGAAAUACAGAGUGGCUACAAGCAGAUACUACUGCACGACAGAAUCGGCACCACACAAUAAAGAUGCAGAGACUCAGGAGACAGAGAUACUCCCAGAGGGAAGUCAGAGUAGAAAGAAGAGUAUCAGUAUGAAAAGUACAAUUAGGAACUUCUUGAUGAACCACAAACUACCUGUUGAGUUGGGCCACACUCAUUUUAUUACAUCUUGUCAUGUUGCAAAGUCUGAAGUGCCACCUGGAAAGAAAAACUUAUAUAUUAAUUAUAAUACAGGUUCAUUUGUAUGCACCACUUGUCAACAUUUUGGAGAAUGGUCAAGUCUUAGAAAGAAACUUCUGUCUGAUGCAAAAUCAGAAAAAUUAAAUACCACCAAGUGUUUUCAAGAUGGAGAUGAAUUAGAAUUGGUUAAGAGUUACUGUGACAAUGGAGUGGAAUAUACAGAGAACAAAGAACCAGUGACCUCUAUGUAUGAGGAAGAAUUUACUGCUAUGACCCAUCUCUAUCAUUGUCAGGGGUUGAAACCGGAGACUUUUUCCCGACACAAGAUCCACUACACUACAGAUGAUAAUAAUCUGCCCAUUCUACACCUGCCUUAUGUAAACCCAGCACAGCAGAUGGUGGGAAUGAGGACUAUGUCCCUCCAACAUACUGUGACAAAAACUCCAGAAAAAAGUGGGAAAGGGAAGAAGACAGCUGAGGAGGAAGAUGGAGAAGAGGGGCAGAUGUUUGAUGUUGUCAAAAGCUAUGAACCAAGGAUUGGAUUUCAACAACUGUUUGGUUGGCAUGGUUUCAAGAAGGACUCCAGAAAAUAUGAGAAUGUUGUAAUUACUUCCUCUGAAUUUGAUGCCAUGGCAGUCACACAGGAAACAGACAUGUUAGGGCUGGCUGUUCCCAAGGGGUCAGAACUGCCGCUUGAGUGUCUGCACACCUUGGAGCAUGUGAAGAAAAUUAUUAUCUGGCUUGGAGCAAAGGACAGUACCCGAGCAACAUCCAAAUUGUUUGCUAAGAAACUUGCUGGCAGAAAUAGGUGUUCAAUUGUCAGACCAGAGAUAGUCAAAGUAUCAGGUCCUCUUGAUGCUCUACAAAAAAAGAAGAAAUUGAGAGACAUUCUACGAGAGAGUGUUCCAGUUGACCUAGAUAAUAUUGUCGGGUUUGAGAGUCUGACAAAUGAAGUGUAUGCAGAGUUUGCUAAUGUGGAGCAAGUUACAGGUGUCAAGUGGAAGCGCUUUGCCCAGAUGAAUCAUCUUUUACAUGGACUCCGUCCUGGAGAACUGACAUUGUUCAGUGGAACCACGGGUUGUGGAAAAACUACAUUUCUCGGAGAGUACUCACUGGAUCUGUGUGUACAGGGGGUAAAUACCCUGUGGGGAAGUUUUGAGAUUAACAAUGUCCGUAUGGCAAAAAUGCUCCUGAGGCAGUUUGCAGUGAAGAGUUUUGAUGAGUCUUUGGAGGACUAUGAAGUCUGGGCAAACCGUUUCAAACAGCUGCCAUUGUAUUUCAUGACCUUUCAUGGACAGGAAGAUUUUGAUAAAGUCAAAGAGACCUUGAUCCGAGCUGUGUAUGCUAACGACAUACAACAUGUCAUCCUGGAUAAUCUCCAGUUUAUGAUUGGUUCAGGUUAUGACAAUAACUUUAACAAGUUUGAUGUCCAAGAUUUCAUCAUUGGAGAAUUAAGAAAGUUUGCCACAGACUUCAACUGCCAUGUGACUCUUGUGAUACACCCCAGGAAGGUGGUAAAGAACCGCUUUGAUGGGACCACCGGAUCCAUGAUGCUCAAGUUUGACAAGGAAUCACUGACAUUCUCCGGAGUCAAGUCCAACAUCAAGAAACCUAAAGACAAGAAAUCCCCCGAUCAACCGGAGGAGGAUGUCAUCGAAGAAAAGAAAACGAAAUACAAAGUGUAUCUUGACACAGAAGGGACGUCGUAUACAGAUAAAGGACCAAAGCCCGAUUCAGGACGGUUUGUCUGCUUUGAUCAUAUUACUUUCUGGGUUGGAAAUGCAAAGCAGGCAGCCUCGUACUACUGUACCCGUGUGGGAUUUGAACCGUUUGCCUAUAAAGGUCUGGAGACAGGAAGCAGACAAGUGGUGGCUCAUGUCGUCAAACAAAACAAGAUGAUCUACAACUUCCAGUCCUCCUUAGAGCCCAACAAUCCUAAAGAGAUGGGUGAACACAUUGUGAAGCAUGGUGACGGGGUCAAGGACAUUGCAUUUGAGGUGGAGGACCUACAAGCCAUAUUCAAGAGAGCUGUUACUAAAGGAGCCAUUGUUGUAAAGGAACCUUGGGAAGAGUCAGAUGACAAUGGCACAGUCAAAAUGGCUGUCAUCAAAACGUACGGGGACACAACACAUACACUGAUUGACAGGUCUGGCUACAAAGGCUUGUUCUUACCGGGAUACAGGGCUACCACUUACAAGGAUCCACUUGUUGAAUUGCUACCUAAACCAGAACUUCAGUUUGUGGAUCACAUUGUGGGAAACCAACCUGACAAUGAGAUGACUGACAUUGCGGACUGGUAUGAGAAGAACCUGAUGUUUCACCGUUUCUGGUCUGUUGAUGACUCACAAAUCCACACUGAGUACUCUGCUCUCCGAUCCAUAGUCGUCACGAACUACGAAGAAACCAUCAAAAUGCCAAUCAAUGAACCAGCACCAGGCAAACGGAAAAGUCAGAUUCAGGAAUUUGUUGAUUAUUAUGGAGGAGCAGGUGUCCAGCAUAUUGCAAUGAACACAGAUGAUAUCAUCAAAUCAGUUUCUAUUCUUCGUGAAAGAGGUUUACAGUUUUUGGAAAUCCCCAAAACUUACUACAAAAACUUGAGAGAGAGACUAAAGAAAUCAAAAGUGAAAAUAGCAGAGGAUAUGGACAGAAUUCAGAAGUUGAACAUUUUGAUAGACUAUGACGACAAUGGAUACCUACUGCAGAUCUUCACCAAAAUCAUGCAGGACAGACCUACACUUUUCCUGGAGGUCAUUCAGAGACACAAUCACCAGGGGUUCGGAGCUGGAAAUUUCAAGUCCCUGUUUGAGGCCAUUGAGUUGGACCAAGCCGAGCGUGGCAAUCUGUGAAGGAUGGGACAUUGUGUGAUGUUUACUGGGGUUUAUGUAGGGACCAGAUCAUAGUGAUACAUCUAAUCAGUAUUCUAUGCCUUAUUCCUAAUGCCUUCUCUAUAGAAUCUCCUCAUAUAUGUAUAUAAACAUUUAUACUCCAGUGGUAAAUACUCUUUGUUUUUGUCCAUUUUCUCUGAAAUGACUUCAUAUUUGUUUUAUAUUGUUUGAUAUAUGGAGGUUGGGACUGACCAAAAUAGUGUUUUUGUCACCAAUAAUGAUUUUAGUUCUUUAUAUUAUAAGAAGGACCUUGAAAUCUCAUUUUUUCCAUCUUAUUUUUUUAUGUUGAAAAAAAAAUCCUAGUCAAUCUUGAAGUUGCCAUGUUGGAUUAUUUUAUUAGAACCAGACUUACCUGUUGAUUAAAUUGAUAUUAACACUUUCUCUUUCCUUGUAUGCAGAAAAUUAACAAUUUUAUGUGCAUUUGAAAGUUAGAUGUAUUAAGUGAUAAGAGAGUCUUUUGCAUAAAUAUCUUCCUCUGACCCAACCCCUUUAUUCAGGUUUUUGACUAAAAACUUUACUCUUUCAAGGUAUCAACACUAUCAAGGUAUCAACACUAUCAAGGUAUCACAAAAUAACCCACUCUUGUAAUGUUCUUACUUUUGAUAUAUCUCAUAGUCAUAAAACACAUGAAAAUUCACAUCUUCAGUGGUACAUGACAUAUUCUGCACAAGCACAAUACAGUUUAUGAUUGUUCAUUUGUAAAUGUUUUUGAUUUGAAUACUGUAAUCUACUAUCCCCAAACCAUCCCUAGUCAAAAAAAUCUGGUUUAAAUACAUUAGAGGUUGCCUCAUUUUUAUCAUGUUAUACUAAUUCUUAUUUUUUGUUGACAUUUUGAUACAGUUAUUUCUCAUUAUCUUGAACCCAAUGUGAUUGAGGGAAAAAAAUCCUGAGAUAUAUGAGAAUUUGAGACAAAAAGGGUUCAAUAGUUAAAGAGUAAGUGGUUGGUACUUCACAAUCACUUUGACAUGCCAAUGUCUCUAAUACACAUAUCUCUAUUAAAAAGAUAUCAGUGUUUUUAAAAGAUAUUGCAACUCAGAAUAGUAAUAUAUAUAUUUUUACGAAUUAAAUAUGUCAUUCCUGUGAAAUUCUGAUAUAUUUUUCAAUGUAGGCUGCAUGAAAUUGUAAAAUUUUGCUAGUUAUUUUUUUUCCCAUUUUAUACAAAGACUUCACAAAAUGGUCAAGUGUGUCACAUUUUGUGAGUGUUGUGAUAGAGUUAUACCUUGUGUUGAAUUUUACCGGUAAAAACUGGUUGUCAUCUUUAAAAUACAUCUUCUUUUGGUGGUGACCAGUUCAGUAUCUUUUGUUGUCAUUAAGCUGUAAAUACUGAUGCAUUAUGGGAUUGCUUUAUCAUUAUGUAGCAUUUGGUUUUUUUGAGAUUCAAGUACUGUAAUACUUUGAUAAUUUUCGUUAAAUCUCUCACAGUGAAAGAUAUAAGUCAGCAUUUCCAAAACAGGAUUUAAAUGGGUAAUUCAAUUAAUUUUUUUUUUAUCUAGUUUAAAACUAUCUUAUUGCAUCUUAGUUUGAAGUAAUAAUAAAAACACCAAAUUUUCAA